AUGUUAUAAAGGCAGCCCAGCGCGCCGAGCCUGGUUCAGUUUCCACUGUGUGGACCGGACCGAGGCGGCCAGGGAGGACAUUUCCACGGCCGAGGAGAUGGGAGACAAAAAGAAAAGGGAGAAGGAUAAAAACUCCUCCAGGAGCGACAGAGUAACUCUGAAAAAAGAAAUUGGGCUUUUGAGCGCCUGCGCUAUAAUCAUCGGAAACAUCAUCGGCUCUGGAAUCUUCAUCUCCCCAAAAGGAGUGUUGGAGCAUGCGGGAUCAGUGGGAUUCUCACUUAUUGUCUGGGUUUUGGGAGGAGGGAUCUGUGCCCUGGGAUCCAUGUGCUACGCUGAACUGGGAGUCACCAUCCCAAAGUCUGGAGGAGACUAUUCGUAUGUGACAGAAAUUUUUGGAGGGCUGGUGGGCUUCUUGUUGUUAUGGAGCGCCGUCCUCAUCAUGUAUCCGACCACACUGGCUGUCAUCGCUCUCACCUUCUCCAACUAUGUUUUGCAACCAGCAUUCCAGAACUGCGUGCCUCCGUACAUCGCCACCAGACUCCUCGCCACCAUCUGUGUGUUAUUCCUGACCUGGGUGAACUGCUCCAGUGUGCGCUGGGCGACAAGAAUACAGGAUGUUUUUACAGUCGGAAAACUGCUGGCUCUGGGGCUCAUCAUAGUGGUGGGACUCGUCCAGAUCUGCAGAGGUUACUAUGAUGCCCUGCGACCUUCUGUGGCCUUUGAGUUCAUCCAGGAUCCCUCGGUGGGGCAGAUUGCGUUAGCAUUCCUGCAAGCCUCCUUCGCCUACAGUGGCUGGAAUUUCCUCAACUAUGUCACAGAGGAGGUCGUGGAGCCACGCAAGAAUCUGCCUCGUGCCAUCUAUAUUUCCAUCCCGCUGGUGACGCUGGUCUACACCAUGACCAACAUCGCCUACUUCUCCUCCAUGAGUCCCAAGGAGCUGCUGGCCUCUAACGCCGUGGCAGUGACAUUUGGUGAGAAGCUGCUGGGGAUGUUUUCUUGGGUCAUGCCAAUCUCUGUCGCUCUGUCCACCUUCGGAGGAAUCAACGGUUACCUGUUCACCUCCUCCAGGUUGUGUUUUUCUGGGGCCAGGGAGGGCCACCUGCCUUAUCUGCUGGCCAUGAUCCACCUCAAGAAUUGUACCCCUAUCCCCGCUCUGCUGGUCUGUUGCAUUGCCACAAUACUGAUCCUGUGUAUUGGAGACACACACAACCUCAUCAACUAUGUGUCCUUCAUCAAUUAUCUGUCCUACGGGGUUACCAUCGCUGGCCUCCUCUACCUUCGCAGGAAGAGACCCAACCUGCACAGACCUAUCAAGGUCAACAUAUUGGUCCCCAUCAGCUACCUGAUUUUCUGGGCGGUGCUGCUGGGCUUCAGCCUGUACUCUGAACCUGUGGUCUGUGGUCUGGGAAUGGUCAUCAUGCUGACUGGAGUCCCUGUUUACUUUGUGGGUGUUCAGUGGAAGAACAAACCAAAAUGUCUCUACAGAGUAGUCGAAAGAGUCACCUACCUGGGCCAGAAGGUGUGUUUUGUAGUGUUUCCUCAGGAAGAUCCAGAGACUGAAUCCCUCACUGUCUCCAAAGCCCAAGACUGACCACAGCGAUCUGUACUGCUAGACUCUGACUGUUAAAGAGACAGAUUUCACCAUAUUCUCGUACAGAUACAGUGUGUCGUCGUGGCCUUUUACUCCUCAGUAUGCUGUCUUUUAUCAUUUGGACUUCCCCCUUGGAGCCCUCAUCUGUAACAAUCAGGGUUUUGUGUGUGUGUGUGUGUGUGUGUGUGUGUGUUUUGUUUUGUUUUUUACUAAAUUGCUGCCCUGAUGUGCCUUAUUGAAAGAAUGUGUAGCAGAUUGGUUUGUGGAGGGAUAUUGAGUGUUUUCACCACUUACGGGGCAAAUAUGCAACAUUUGUACUUAAUAGUAUUCUGCUGCUUGCCUUGGUCCUGUUUAAGUACUUAGAUGUUUACAGUUUUUCAACAUGCAUCUCUUCGUCCUUUUCAUGCCAUUUGUUUUCCUUUUACAGUUGGGUCCAAAGGUAUUUUGAUGUGACACAAUUCUGUAAUUUAGCCUCUGUGCACCACCACAAUGGAGGUGACAGCACAAUUAAGAUGUGAUAUUCAAUUCAAAGGGUCAAACAAAAAUACCUCAUUAACCAUUUUGCUCUUUUUAUACACAGUCCAUCUAUUUUCACAGGCACAAGGUAACUGCACAAACUAAUGUAAGGAUUAUUGUUAGUACUUGGCAUGGAUAUCACCAAAUGCCAACCCCCCCACCCCACCCCCCUGGUUACCUUGGGUGGGUGUCAUAUGUAUCUUCACUUUGAAGCUCAGUCCUUCCAGUUUGGCCGAAUCUGAGCAGAUAGUACAGCUCAAUAAACUUAAUACUCCAUUGGCGGCUAUACUUUCUCAUGUCAAAAUACCACCUCCACCAUGUUUGACAGAUGACGCAGUGCACUUUGUUUCUGUCCUUCUCCACCCUCUUGCCUUCCCAUCAUUCUGGCACGAGUUAGUUGAGUUCAUUGGGCCAAAGAAUCUUGUUCCCAAACUGGGAACUUUUUUGUUUCUUUUGUUGUUUUCUGGUGAAGUCUGAAAAGACAAGAUAUUUAAUGUUCAAACGAUAAACUUUAUUGUUUUUGUGCAAAUAUUUGCUCAUUUUGAAAUGGAUGCCUGCAACA